GACCCCCAGGGUCUACAACCCCCGCAGCCCGUCGACGACGGUAAACCAUCCAAACAGAAGCGGCACAGGACGAGGUUCACUCCGGCGCAGCUCAAUGAGUUGGAGAGGUGCUUCUCCAAGACGCACUACCCGGACAUCUUCAUGAGGGAGGAGAUUGCAAUGAGGAUCGGCCUGACGGAGUCCAGAGUGCAGGUGUGGUUUCAAAAUCGCCGAGCAAAGUGGAAAAAGCGCAAGAAGACGACCAACGUCUUCCGCACUCCCGGUGCUCUCCUGCCCUCUCACGGUCUACCACCCUUUGGCUCCAUGUCGGAGGGACUCUGCCCCUCGGGCAUGUUCGGUAGCGGCGACACGCCCAGGUGGGGCGUCACCUCCAUGACCUCAGGUCUGUCCCAGCUGUCGCAAGGUGGCAUGGGCGGCUUCAGUCAGCUGACCUCCCACCAGGGGUCGCUGGGGUCGGGUCUGCCCAUCAGUUCAUCCAUGACUACCAAUGGAUCUACAGUUUACCAGGCGCACUACGGCCUCAACACACUAGACCCAGUAUUCUACGGGCAUGAUGCUGGAGGCGACUCUCUCAACUGAUACUGAAAGUAAGAUUGAGAGGAAAUCUACAAACAUAAGUGAGAAAGCAGAGUCCAAAGACAGACAUGGAAGUAAAGGAGGCAACCAAAGAAACUUUUCAGUUAAAAUGUUCACAAAAAUACUUCUUGUUUUUUGUGAAUAUUCUUGGAGGUCAAAAUUUUGGUUUUAGUGACGAGGAAACUAAUAAAAUUAGUUAAAACAUUUUUAAGCAUUUGAGUCAUUUUUCUGCAAGUAUUCAUUAGGUAACACAAAAAAUCCUGCUUUGAAAGAUGCUGUAUCUAGGUUUCGAGCUCAUAUUUUUUUUCUACAAGCAUCUAUGGAGUAGGGUCUAAACAAAUCUUUGGCUAAGAUGAACUUAAUUAGAGAUCAGAUCAAAUUUAAGCAAGACAACUUGUAAUUUCAACAAAGUAUUCAAGAGAAAAAAUAUUUUUCAGGUUAACAUUAUCUUGUUACUUUGCUUGCCUCUUUGAAAAGUGUAAGAAAAUAAACCAGGAAACUUUUGUCAAAUUUGGAUAGUAUGCUCCUCCAAUGUUGUA